AUGGGGAGCAUCUACAAGGAAUAUUUUAACACCGAGAAGAUCCGUGAACACUACAACUACACCAAAGACGGCUCGGAAACUUCACCCACCUCAUCCCAUGGAGUAGCUUCCAUCCUCAUCAUCAUCUUAUGCUGCUUCAUCAUCUUGGAGAACCUUUUGGUCCUCAUCUCUGUUUGUCGUAACCAAAAAUUCCACUCGGCCAUGUAUAUUUUUAUUGGGAAUUUGGCUUUUUCGGAUCUUCUGGCCGGGUUGGCUUUUAUGGUCAAUAUUUUACUUUCUGGUGCCACCACUUUUAACUUGACCCCGGUGGAAUGGUUCAUCCGUGAAGGAACGGCCUUCGCUACCUUAGCUGCCUCCGUCUUUAGCUUGUUGGCCAUCGCCAUCGAACGUCACGUUGCCAUCACCAAAGUCAAAGUCUACGGUGGUGAUAAGAACUACCGGAUGGUUCUACUCAUCGGUGCUUGUUGGGUCAUCGCCGCCACCAUUGGGAGUCUUCCCAUCAUGGGUUGGAAUUGUAUGAGUGAUCUUCAAGAUUGUUCUACAGUCCUUCCUCUCUACUCCAAACGUUACGUCCUCUUCGUCAUCACCAUCUUCACCUUCAUCCUCCUCACCAUCGUCGGGCUCUACACUCGGAUCUAUUGCAUCGUCCGUUCCAGCCACGCCGAUAUCGCCACCGCUCAGACUUUGGCUUUGUUGAAGACUGUCACCAUCGUCUUAGGAGCCUUCAUCAUCUGUUGGUUACCAGCCUUCAUCAUCCUCUUGUUGGAUGCAUCUUGUCCUACCAGAUCUUGUCGGAUUCUUUAUAAAGCCAAUUAUUUCUUUGCCUUCGCCACCUUUAAUUCGGCCGCCAACCCCAUCAUCUACACCUUGAGGAGCAAGGACAUGAGGAGGGAAUUCUUGAGGGUCUUGUGUUGUUGUGGAAGGAGAAGUCGAGAUCAAUCACCUCCUGGUUGUGGUUUCCCGCUCCGUACGUCCAGCUCCUCGGAUCGUUGUAGCCCCAAAUAUGAGUUGCCCACUUCACCCAUCACCCGAGAAUGUACCACCUCUGUUUAG